AUGGCGUCCUCAGGCAGGGAGGCGGCGGUGGCGGUGGCGACGGCGAGCGAGGUGAAAGAGCUCAUUCCGGGGCUGCCGGACGAGGUGGCGGAGUACUGCCUCCUCCGUCUUCCAUUUCCCGAGCAGUCGAAGGCACGGUCGGUGUCUUCCUCCUGGAAACGCGCCAUCUCCAGCCCCUCGUUCCACCUCGCCAAGAAGAACCUGUUCCUUUCGCUGCCUUACCUCUUCGUCUUCGCCUUCCAUCGCUCCACCUUUCGCCUCCAAUGGCAGGCCUUCGACCCCCGAUCACGCAGCUGGUUCGCACUCCCGCCGAUGCCGCUUGAGGCCGCCGGCUGCGCCGACGGCAGUGCCCCGCUGUGCCCGCCCGCUUUUGCCUGCGUCGCCAUCCCCCAUCGCGGGGAGCUGUUCGUGCUCGGGGGUAUGCGGUCAGACACUCAGACCCCGCUCCAGACCCUGAUUUCCUACCGCGCCUCCACCAACUCGUGGUCCGUGGCCGCUCCCAUGCCGACCCCCAGGUCGUUCUUCAUCGCGGGGUCCAUCGGGGGGAAGAUCUUCGCCGCGGGAGGCUACGCCGCCGGCGGGGCAGGAGACGAGGACGACGCCGUCUGCACCGUGGAGAGCUACGACCCGGCGGCGGAUCGGUGGGCCCCGGCGGCGCGAAUGAUGUGGGGCGUGUCCCGGUACGACGCGGCGGUAGUGGGGGGGAGGCUGUACGUGACGGAGGGGUGGACCUGGCCCUUCAGCUUCUCGCCGCGCGGUGGCGUGUACAACCCGGAGGCGGACAACUGGGAGGAGAUGCGGGUGGGGAUGAGGGACGGGUGGACGGGGGUGAGCGUGGUGCUGGCGGGGAGACUCUUCGUCGUCUCCGAGUACGGCGACUGCCGGGUGAAGAUCUACGACGAGGCCGAGGAUUCCUGGCGGUCCGUUGGCGGCGGCGGCGUCCCGAGCGAGCUCCAGAAGCCCUUCGCCAUCGCCGGAAUCGAGAGCCGGAUUUACGUGGUCUCCUGCGGCCUCAACAUCGGGGUCGGCACCGUCCUCCACCGCAACCCCGUUGCUGGCGCCGGAACAGACGCCAACGGCGACGGCGGCUGGUGGGUGGAGUGGGAGGUGGUGAAGGGGCCGGAGGAGUUCGCCGAUCUGGCCGCCUGCAGCUCGCAGGUUCUCUACGCCUGA